AUGGAGGUUUGCAUCCCGGAUAACGCAUCCUGGAUUAUGAAGGCUAUUAUGCAGCAUCGCGAUGGUAUCCAUCAGAAUCUAGUGUGGAUAGAGAUGUUGAAUGCCUCAAAAUUUCGCAUGAAAAAGAUGUACAUGGCAGUUCAUGAUCGAGCUCAAAGUGUUGUGUGGAGAACCUUGUUCUAUGGAAAUGUGGCCCGGCCUAGAGCUCUUGUUAACCUUUGGCUUGCUUGUAAUGAGAGGUUGGCUACUCGCGACAGAUUACACAAACAUGGAGCAAUUGAUACAACCCGAUGUUGCUUCUGCAAUGCUGAUGAAACACAACAACACCUGAUGUUUAAUUGCAGUGAAACAAAGGGUAUUUGGAGAAAAGUCCUGCAGUGGAUACAAGUUGAUCACAAUCCUUUGGGUUGGCGUCACGAAGUGGAUUGGAUUAUUCAACAAACAAAGGGAAAGGGUGGCCGUGCUAAGAUCCUAAAACUUGCGUUCACUGAAUGUGUUUAUGAAAUUUGGAGGUAUAGGAAUGCUGUCAGCGUUGGCAACAAUGGUCUGAACCAGCUUACUGAUGAAAAAAUAAUUGAUAAUAUAGUGUAUAGAGGUUGGACAAAUAGGAAGUUAAGGACACACCUAGCUAAACUAAUGAUGUAA